AUGAAUGCUGAGCCAAAUGCAAAAUACAGGAAGCUGCAAGAACUGAGGAAAUCAAUCCCAUUUGCAAGCAAAAGCUCUUUGGCAGCCAUCAUUGGCCACAUUAGAAAGCAAGGUUUGCCUGAUGGUGGUUCUUCAAAGGAUAUGCGAGCAGCCAAUAGACAACAACUUGCUUUGUUCAAUGGUUAUGGGCCUCUCCUGCAGGAGGAAAAGCUUGUGAUGAUAAAUGGUGAAAGUUGCAGUUUGUUGUUUAUCAACUUGAUGUCUCUUCUCCAUGGUGCUUACAAGCGCUGUCUUGGAUUUCACCAAUUGCUGAAAUCCACUUUGGAUAAGUACACAGAGCCAUUGCACCUGAUGGUCUAUGCAGAUGAGAUCACACCAGGAAAUGUGCUUUCCCAUUCACCAAGUCGAAAGCUUUGGUGCAUUUAUGUUUCAUUUGAGGAAUUCAAGCAUCAUUCUUUGUCAGAAAAUGGAUGGCUGACCCUUUGUCUCCUGAGAUCUGACAUGGCCAGCAAAGUGGAGGCACAUUUGAGUCAAAUUGUCAAAGUUAUCUUGCUUUCAAUCUUUUGCAAUAACUGUUGCAUUGGUGAUGUUGGCCUUCAGCUUCAAGAGAUUGAUGGUACUCCUGUACCUAAAAGAUUGAAAAUGAAGCUUGGCUGCUUCAUCAUGGAUGGCCAAGCUCAGAAAUUGGCCUGGGCCUGCAAAGGUGACUCAGGCAGUCGGUUCUGCACACUUUGCAGCAACAUUUUUCAAUCACAUGGAUCCACAGAGGAGGAGGAGGAAUUGGUCAAUGAGAUCAGCAAGCAUUGCAGGUAUAGAGAUCUGUGCUUGAACUCCAACACAGAUAUCUUGGCUUCCUGGGACAGGAUGUCCAGCAGGGCUGCCAGUGACAUGCCAAAAGGCGAGUUCAAGUUGUGGGAGCAAGCAAGUGGGAUCAGCUGGUCAAGCCAUGCUCUCCUUGCUUGCAAAGAACUCAGGCAUGUGAUGAUGCCAGCUGAUCAGUUUUGCCAUGACUGGAUGCAUGGUCUAUUGUCAAAUGGAGUGUUAUGCAAAGGUACUUUCAAUUUACUCCAAGCCCUUGACAUGUGGGAAGUGGUACAAGGCUAUGUGGAGCAGUGGCACUUGCCUCAUGCUGUCAGCAACCUCAAGCCCAGUGCUCUCUUUGAAGCAAAGCGAAUUAGCAAGCACAAAAAGAGCCAGAAGCUCAACAGCACUGCCAGUGAGCUUUUGUGUGUAUUACCUAUCCUUGCACACUUUGCAAGGGUUGCUUGUCUUCCCACUGGUACACACACCCAGGAAAUUGAAGCAUUCUUGUCUUUGGUGCUGGUAGUGGAAAUACUGCAAGCCUGUUCUUACACCAGUGUGCAGCCUGCUGCCCUUUUAGCAGCUAUUGAGAGAUAUUUGAAGCUUUGGGUGGACCUUGGGUGGCAUAUGCUGAAAAAACACCACUGGCUUCUUCACCUACCUACAUUCCUGUCCAAACACCACUGGCUUCCAAAUUGUUUUUGCAUGGAGAGAAAGAAUAAGAUGAUCAGUCGCCAUGCAAACAUUGUACAAAACACCAGAAGUUUUGAGAGGAGCCUUUAUGAGGAAGUUACAACUUUUGAGCUGGAGAAGCUUUCUGCAGUUGAUUGUUUUGCUACAGGUGUGUACUUGAUUGAUCCCAAGCCAUUGACCAAAAAGCUCAAAGCUUUGGCAUCUGCAAUGUGGGAUGAUUGCCAAGACACUUUGCAGACCUUCAAGGCCAUGGGCCAGCAUGGUUGUUGCACCAAAGGUGAUGUUGUGCUUCUACAAAGUGCAGCCUCCAAGUUUGAUGCUGGUGAAGUUCUUGUGUUCCUUUCUCACUUGGGAGAAAGCCUUUGUGUGGUCAAGGCCUUGCAGCUUCAACAGCUGCAUCCAUGUCAUGCCUUGUGGCAAGAAGUGGACACUUUGGUAGCAGUGCCUUUGCACAUUGUGUUGUUGGCUGCACCCUUUGCAAAAGACCACAGGGGCAUCACCACUCUGACUCCUUGGCAUCUACGAUGA